GGCAGAGCACCAUGGCGCACUCUACGCAAAAAUAUGCCGUGAACGUACACGGGAUGGACCCUCAGCAUCUCAUUGACGAGCUGACGCGGAGUAGGGUGUUCCGGACGAGGUACUACGUGUCCGAGUGUGUGGCGCUCGACGCCCGCUCGCUGCUCGACAAGGCUAUUUGUCUCAAGUAUGCCGGCGGGACAUACGGCUCGCAUGGUCGGCCCACGCCGUUUAUAUGUCUGCUGCUCAAGAUGUUGCAAGUCCAGCCGGCAAUCGAGGCUGUUCAGGCUAUGAUCGCUAAUAGCGAGUUCAAGUACCUUCGCCUCCUCGCUGCCAUGUACCUCCGACUCGUCGCGAGUCCGACCAUCAUCUACGCUGCUCUCGAGCCGGUGCUUGACGACUAUCGCUCGCUGAGAGUGCGUCAGACAGGCGGUAUGGUCCGCAUGCACAUGGACGAGCUCAUCGAGCGCCUUCUGGUCGCCACAGAGCUGUUUGGCGUCAUCCUCCCACGCAUGCCGCCCCGCAUUGUUCUCGAGGAAAAUGGCCUGGUCGGGCCGUAUCACUCGGCCCUGAUGGACUUGCCCCAGGAUGCUGUGCCGAUGGAUGACGGGCUGCGAGUGCUAGCUCCAGAGCCGACACCGGCUCCGGAGCUGCCGUCGAUCGACGACGAGGAGGCGCGUCGCGCUGCGCGUGCCGCCAAGCGGGCGGCGCGCCGGGCACGCCGCGGCAGCUCGGACUCGGACUCGGACUCGGAUUCCGAGUCGGACUCGGACUCGGAGGUCGGCUGGGCGGCUGUCCUUGACACGCCCAAAGACGGCGAGCAAUCCGAGGACGAGCCGGGCGUGGCGUCGGCGCGCAAGCGGCAGAAGCUCCUCGCCGAUCACCGGGCACACAUCGUUGCCACUGCACACGCCCAGCCCACCCAGGCGGCGACUCCAGGCGAUCCGCAUGCCCGGCGCGGUGCGUUUGACGACAUUGUCAUCGAUGAUAGCCUCGUUGUGCCGCGUGGCGGCGAUGGUGCGCAAAAGUACGGCCUCAAGCCGCUGCGACCGUAA